UAGAUAUACAAUUUUUAUUUGGCUAUGAUUUUAUCAAACAAUUUUAGAUGUAUUAAAAUUAAUAAUUAUUGAACUUAUGUAAUUUUCAGUCAAGUGAAUCAAUAAAAUACUCCCUCCGUCGCAUUUUGAACUUAUGUAAUUUAAUAAGUAUGAGAUAAACCCCAAAUUGAAGAAACUAAAACCCCAAACAAAGCCCUUUUUGCAUCUGCUUUGUAGCCUCAACAGACAUGGCGACUUUCACCGCCAGGUCCCUCCUCCGCUCUGCCACUACCUCCGGCCGAACAGCCGCCGUUAGACUUGCAGGUAGUUCCAAACCAAAGGCCUCUCCCUCCCCCAUUCGUAUCCCUUCACAGAAACCACUCACCGCUCGCAUUUUCAGGUCACCUGUUGAAAUGAGCUGUAUAAGAGCGGAAACGUUGUUUCCAUAUCACACUGCUACUGCCUCUGCAUUGCUGAAUUCCAUGUUAUCUGGCACUUCUCGGUGCUAUGGUUGGACUCUUGAAGAUUUGUGAAUCAUACAGCUGAUAUUGAUUGUUGAUGAGUUAAUUCCAUAAUAAGCCUCGAGAAAAUUGAAUCAGAUAGUUUGUCGGAUUGAAAGUCACUUAGCAUAUACAUUUUGCCUUUACAAUUGUUGUUGCUAAGAUGUAAGUGACAGUCUAAUACUGGGUGUCUAAUCAGAUUGCAAGGAUGAUGUAUGAAUGUCAAAGAGUUCAAGUGAAGCUUUAUGUCCAAGCGGUCUAAGAGAAUAAAUAGUAGAGUACUGAUAAGAACAUGGGACUCUUUCCCUUUCUAUGAAUUCUGGCUUCUAUUGAAGUAUAUUAUCAUUAUCAAUGGUACUUACAUUUUGAAGUCCUGAGUUAGCUCAUUGUAAUUACAGAUUAUGUAAGGGCCAAAGCUUGAAUUUGAACCAGAAUUUAGUGCAUUUCUGUACAAUUAUGGUGUUAACUAAAGCAAUAUAAUUACCAGAUUUUAGUUUCCUGGAA